AUGGAUGAUAAGUUCAUAAUGGCACAUGUUGGGGCCAAGAAAGCUGAAACAAGAGUAAAUGAUAUCUUUGCCAUCAAGCGAUCCCCAGGAGAGGGAUUGAGGGACUUCCUCACCCGGUUCAACAGGCAAGGGCACCUCAAAGAAUUGUUCACCGACAAGGGCAGGAACACCUUGGCGACGGGUCGAGAAUGUCCAGGUCCACCAAAUCCCCCUUCACCAGCUCAUACAAUCAAUAUGAUUAUUUGUGGCAGCGACAACGCCUCUAUCAAAGACAUCAAAUUCACCGCCACCCACAAGCUCAAAAGAUCGAUCACUCACGAACGGUAUGACGGUCUCGAAGAAAGUAUCACCUUCGAUGAGUCAGAUGCCGAUGGUUUGACUUUCCCUUAUAAUGAUGUAUUUGUCAUUACUUUAAAAAUUUUAGAUACCAAUGUUAAAAGAAUUAUGAUAGAUGGCAGAAGUGGAGCGUGCAUCAUCCAUAACCGAGUCCUCACACAGAUGAGACGUGAGGACAAGAUAGUGCCAUGUUGUAUCACUCUAACAGGUUUUAACAAUGUAGUUGAACGAACUUCAGGAGAAAUCACACUCCUCGUUCUCGCCGGUGGAGUAACUCUAGAGAUGACAUUCCAUAUCAUGGACCAGGACACUGCAUACAAUGCCAUCGUGAGGCGACCAUGGAUACACCCCAUGAGAGCUGCCCUCUCCAAUUUAUACCAAGUGAUUAAAUUCCCAAUACCUUGGGGAAUAUUCAGCAUAUGGGGAGAACAACGUACAUCUCGGGAAUGCUACCGAAUCGUCAUGGACAUCACGAUAACUCAACAAAAUAAGGAAAAAGAAAAGGAAGCAUAG